AUGUUACCAUCAUCAUCGUCUUCCACCACCACAACAAAUGGUCCUAAACGGCCGUUGAUAUCAAGCCUAGAUGACCAUCAUUAUCAGGUAGAUAGAGAAGGAAUCAUCACCAAUGAAAAUAUUGAAAAAUCACCAAAAACAACGAGGGAGAAUGGUUUUGGAGGUUUCCGAGAGAAGGAUGAUGAAGAAGAGACCUUUUUCAUUGGUAGCAAUGAGGUUUGGGUUGAAGAAGAGGAAGACAACGAAGAUGAAACUGCUGAAGACGAUCAUCCUCUUACUUCUCCGUCGGAUCAAGGAAAUUCCGAAAUGACAACAACGUCCUCUUCAAUUAUGACAAAGAUGCCCAUUCCUCGAGAACGAAUUCAGAUGCAUUCACUUACGCAACCUAAUGAAAACAAUUCUCAUCAGGAUUACCAUCAUCACCAGAGUGAAUUUGAUGAGGACGGAAAUGCUGAAGAUGAUGAGGACGAAGUUGAGGAAAUUGUUCGAAGGAUGAAUGAAAAAUUGAAUACCAGCUUAAAUUCAUCAAAUGUGUUUAGUGAUUGCAUGCAAGCGAUGGAGUUGUGCAAAGAAAUAAUAUUCAUGCCAAUUCCAUCCCUAGAGGAGGAAAAUUCUGCAACAACAUCGGAAAACAUGGAGUCCUCCCAGCAACAAGCUGGUGCUUUGUCGUCACACAUGGACGAACAAGCGCCAGGAGUAGCAUCCUUAUUCAAUUUAUUCAGUAAUACUUCCAUCAAUAGUGGUGGUAGUGUCGAUACUAGUGCACUGUACAUGCCACAACCAUUGUUUGAUGAGUCACAAGAAGGUUUUCGACUCGAAGACAUUGAGGCAGAACUAUUGAGAGCUGCAGAAAAAGGCCACAACACAUCUACACUCUAUUUACAAAAAAUCAACGAAUUAACUAUUAUCAGGAAUAAUAUGAGAAGAGUUUUGGAUACCUCAAUCAAAAAAUUACGAGAUGAAUCGUCGCACAGAAAUGAGUUUUUCGACAAAUCUUUAUCCAUCGACUAUUCUCACUUAGCACAAGAGGGAGUUUCAAGAGAAAGUAGAAAUGUUUCUCUCUUUCCAGAUUCAAUACUUCAAGAGUUACAACUUGGUAAUGUGUCCUUGAAUAGAUCUCAAAUUUUGACCUUUGAUGAAUCCAUUGAAAUUGUCUCAUUCAUUGGUGGAGUAAUUAGGAUGCAUAGUGGCGUUUUUCCAAAUCGAUUUCUGGAUAAUACGAGGUCUUUGGGUACAUAUCUUGUUGGAAUUAUACAUUACUACGCUCAAUCAAUCAAUAGGACCAACUUUGAAGUUUUAUUAUUUGAACCCAACCCAGAACAUUUCGAAUGGACCAAACACAAUGUCAACACAUUCACCAAGCACUUACUGAAACGUAAUAUCUUCACAACAACAAGUGCCUUUAAAUCAACAGUAGAAAAUGUGAACUUUUUUGCUUGGUUAUUCGACCCUAAAAACGACGUUCGGUCCUCUGUUGUGAUGCUAGAUUUGACACCUUCAUGCAAAGAGUUCGAUCCAUCUGUGGUUCUUAAAGAUUUGAGAAUUGAAACCGAAACCAUCUCAAGAAAUGCCAAUGAAAUGAUUGAACACAUGCUCUAUUUUGGAGUAUGCUGUGUUGUUCUUAAGGUGCCUUGCAAUUACUCGGAAAAACAACUCUCAACACAUAACAAACUUUGGAGAAUUUACGUGAAAAUAUUUGGAAAGAGCAAGUACAUGAUCAUUUUCAACUACAAACCAACUCUCAUGACUGGAUUAAGCAAGCAUGGAAGUAAAUCCGAUGGAAACUCCACUAGAAAAAGACAACAACGAUAA